CUCGAGACGCGAUACGAUUGCUCCACAGUAGAUUCACUUCCUUUCACGUAGUUCUUGUCCAAGAUAGUACACGUGCUUGACAAAAUGCAGAAGAAACAAAAGGAACCGAUUCAUUCCGUGCAAGUUUUCGGACGCAAGAAAAGUGCAACUGCAGUUGCUUAUUGCAAACGAGGCCGUGGAAAUCUUCGCGUUAAUGGAAGACCAUUGGAAUUGGUUGAACCUCGCGUAUUGCAAUACAAAUUGCAAGAACCUAUUUUGCUCCUUGGAAAGGAGAAAUUUGCUGGUGUUGACAUCAGAGUAAGAGUAAAUGGAGGUGGUCACGUAGCACAGGUUUAUGCCAUUCGUCAAGCUAUCUCCAAAGCUCUUGUAGCUUAUUAUCAAAAAUAUGUCGAUGAGGCAAGUAAGAAGGAUAUAAAAGAUAUUCUUAUUCAAUAUGACCGUACUCUUCUGGUCGCAGAUCCAAGAAGAUGUGAGCCAAAAAAGUUUGGUGGUCCGGGAGCAAGAGCACGGUACCAAAAGUCGUACCGUUAAUGUUUAUCAUAUUAUAUAAUAUUUAUACCAUUGAAUAAAAAAAAAAGAAAAUCUCGCUGCACAGAUGUGAUUAUAAAUGGA